GGCUCCAUGUUCCUGAUGACUCGCGCGCUCCUGCCGCUGCUGCAACAGGGCCAAGAGCGCCUCGUGGAGCGCUACCGCGGUCGGCGCGCCAAGCUGGUGGCCCGCGACGGCAACGAGAUCGACACCAUGUUCAUGGAUCGCCGCCAGCACCCGGGCAGCCACGGCCGCGGCCUGCGCCUCGUCAUCUGCUGCGAAGGCAACGCCGGCUUCUAUGAGAUGGGCUGCCUGUCGGCGCCACUGGAGGCCGGCUACUCGGUGCUGGGCUGGAACCACCCGGGCUUCGGGGGCAGCACGGGCGCGCCGUUCCCUCAGCAUGACGCCAACGCCGUGGACGUGGUGGUCAAGUACGCGCUGCACCGCCUGCACUUCCCGCCCGCGCACGUGGUGGUCUACGGCUGGUCCAUCGGUGGCUUCACGGCCACCUGGGCCACCAUGGCCUACCCGGAGCUGGGCGCGCUGGUGCUCGACGCCACCUUCGACGACCUCGUGCCGCUGGCCCUGAAGGUCAUGCCCCGCAGCUGGAAGGGGCUGGUGGUGCGCACCGUGCGCGAGCACUUCAACCUCAACGUGGCGGAGCAGCUGUGCUGCUACCCCGGUCCGGUCCUGCUGCUGCGGCGCACGCUGGACGACGUGGUGAGCACCUCGGGCCACGUGCGCCCCCUGCCGUCCGGCGACGUGGAGGGCAACCGCGGCAACGAAUUGCUGCUGCGUCUUCUGCAGCACCGCUACCCAGUCGUGAUGGCGCGCGAAGGCCUCGCGGUCGUGACGCGCUGGCUGCGCGCCGGCAGCCUGGCACAGGAGGCCACCUUCUACGCGCGCUACCGCGUGGAUGAUGAGUGGUGCCGAGCACUGCUGCGCUCCUACCGCGCGCGCCGUGAGGACGAGCAGGAGGACGAGCAGAAGGACUGGGGGCCUCACGGGCUCGCCUUCCCCUGGCUCGUGGGCCAGGACCUGAGCCCACGGCGGCGCCGGCAGCUCGCGCUGUUCCUGGCACGUAGACACCUCAAGAACGUGGAGGCCACUCACUUCAGUCCGCUGGAACCGGAGGACUUCCAGUUGCCCUGGAGGCUGUAG